AUGGCAGCCCGGGUUCCCAUCGGCUGCUGCUGCAGCAGACUGCAGCACUGGAGCAGCAGCAAGCUUCAAACCCUUGCUGCUGCUGCUGCUGCUACGGCCCAGCAGCAGCAGCAGCUGCAGCAGCAGCCGCGUCAAUUGCAGCAGCAAUUACAGCAGCAGCAACAGCAUCAGCUGCAGCAGCAGCAGCAGCAGCAGAGGAGGCACUUCUCUCGCUUUACGUCUGGAGGGAUGGGCCGCGCUGCUAGGGUUUCGCAAACCCUAAACCCUAAACCCUCGUCGCAAGCCGCAAACCCUAAACCCUCGACGGAGUCACCAGCCCUGCAGCAGCCGCCUUCUGGCCGCAUGAGCCGGACUCGGGCUGCCGGUACCGGCAUUGACGCCUUCUGGGACCCAACGGCGAAGGUCGAGGGUUUGGAGUCGCAAGUGGCAGCAGACUUUGAAGAGUUCACACAGCUAGUGGGGGCAGCAGAGGCCCGCAGGCAGCGGCUGCUGCUGCGGCAGUCUCUUCGAAGGGCCCAAAAGCUGCACGACCCUUUGAGCAGCGAACACGCGCAGUACUUUGGCCAGAUCGAGUCGGAGGCACCCCCUUUGCCGCUGGACCGGCCAGAGCGUUUUUGGGACCCCAAAGAAAACCUCCGCAGAGCUUUGAAGAACAAGAACUUGCCCAUUACCUGGAAAGACGUGCACUUGCUGGGCCACUUCAUCAGCAGCACGGGUUUGCUGCUGCCGCGGCGGCUCACUUUUGCUUCUCGACUGCAGCAGCGGUUUAUUUACAAAGCAGCAGCAGCAGCAAGAAGAAUGGGCCUUUUUCCUUACGACCGCCGCCCCAAAAGCAGCAGCAGCAUGCCUGUCAUGGACCCCCUGCAGGUUCCUCCAGCUGCAGGCCCAGCUGACUAA